CUGAUUCGCCUUUGGCUCCAGAACUUACUGCAAAGGCACUCCCUGCCAAGGUAAAAAUCCCACAAAUUGGCAUGUAUUAUGGAACUUCGGAUCCAGACGUGCACUUAGGCCACUAUACGUCGUGGAUGGAUUUGCACGGAGCCUCGGAUGCUUUGAGAUGUCGGAUGUUUUCCCUCACACUGGGGCCACGGGCACAAAAAUGGUAUUAUACUCUUCUACCUCAUUCAAUUUGGAAGUGGCAACAAUUACGUGCAGCUUUCCGGUCACACUUCAUCGGAGCUCAAGUUCGCCUUAUCCCAAAAGAAUCGAUCACUAUUAUCGUACAAAAGGAUGACGAAACCGUAAAGGAUUACAUAUCUCGGUUUAACGACCGAAUUCAAAACAUGGAACCUUGUCACCCUGAGACCCUACUAGUGACUGCAAUUGCUGGGUUAAAGCCCAAUUCGAUGUUUCGCUGGACCUUAUGUCAAAACAAGCCGGCUACCUUUCAAGAAUUCCUCGUACGAGCUCAACAAUUCAUUAUCGCCGAGGAGUCGAUGUCGGUUCCUAGUUUCGACUUCUCGGUGAAGGAGAAUAAGACUGAGUCAGAUGCAAAAAAGAAGAAUAAGGAGAAUUUUGGGAAAGCGCAAUAUCAGAAUUACUCAAAAGAGUAUGAAAAUACUCCGGAAUCCAGAGCUGCCCGAGACCAAUAUGCCGACAACGUGAGGACAGGCUAUCAAACCGUUUAUUCGGCCAGAGCAGCCACAAUUUUUGAGGAACUAAAAGGAAAGGGAAUUAUUCCUGAUCCGAAACCAGUAAGAACUUCUGAAGACAAGCUAGACAAAUCUCGAUACUGUGCGUACCAUAAAUCUCCGGGACACAAUACCGAUGAGUGCCUUGGCCUUUUAUCGGCUCUUUUACGUUUAAUUGGUCAGCCUCAACUUCAAAAGUCCAGAAAUUUCAACAAUCGCCGGAAAGGAAGGCCCGUGGAUCUUUCAGACGAAGAAGAUGAUGAUAAUCGACCCGCUAACCCGAAGAGAGUCCGUGCGAACGAUAAGGAAGUUUUUACGUUUUCUACCCUUAUCGGUACUUCGACCGACAACUGCAAAAAACCCAAAACACAUGACGCAUUGAACCCUUCUUACUGUAUACCCCCAGUAAAUUCUAAUACCAAGCAGUUGGAUACGUCUCGGCGAAAAGCUAAAGCCUACGUUAGGGAAGCGCAAAAUGCCGGGAAGCAAGUUAUCAACGUUGACCUUCGAGAUACUAUUAACAAACGAAAUUACGUGUUCGCUUGGAAGCAUGAAGAUAUGAAGGGAAUAGACCCGCAGAAAGCGUGUCACCGGCUAAAUUUGGAUAAGACCAUCAAGCCCGUCAUACAAAAACGUCAGAAAUUCGGACCAGAUCGUCAGAAAGCGUUGGAAGAAGAAGUGAACAAGCUUAUAGACAACAAGUUCGUUAAAGAAGCAAAAUAUCCGACGUGGAUAUCAAAUCCUGUUUUGGUUAAGAAAGCUACUGGUCUUUGGCGCUUAUGCAUUGAUUUCUCGAAUUUGAACCAAGCAUGCCCGAAAGAUAGCUAUCCAAUUCCACAUAUCGAUUACAUGGUAGAUGCUACAUCGGGACACCAGCUCAUGAGUUUUUUGGACGCCUAUUCCGGUUACAAUCAAAUCCCCAUGCACCCCGAUGAUGAUGAACAUACUUCGUUUUAUUCGGCCCGAGGUCUUUACUGUUAUGUCAUGAUGACUUUUGGAUUGAAGAAUGCUGGGGCCACGUAUCAAAGGUUGGUCAAUAAGAUGGUCGCUCGCUUGAUCGGUCGCACCGUGGAAGUUUAUGCAGAUGACAUGCUGGUAAAAUCAGAACAGGCUUCCCAUCAUAUUGCCCAUCUUUCCGAAGUCUUUGACAUCCUUCGAGAAUAUUCAAUGGUGCUUAAUCCCAAGAAGUGCACCUUCGGGGUUGGAUCAGGAAAAUUUCUAGGAUACAUGGUGAGCCAUAGAGGAAUCGAAGCUAAUCCCAUCAAGAUUCAAGCCAUACUUGAUUUGGCUCCUCCGACGUCCAUCAAAGGAGUUCAAGCUUUAACCGGUCGACUAGCAGCUUUAAAUCGAUUCAUUUCGAAGUCGAUGGAUCAUUGUAAACCUUUCUUUGACGCCAUCAAAAAGAAGAAGCUGUUUGAAUGGACCACUGAAUGUCAGAGUGCUUUUGAUAACAUCAAAGAAGUUCUUUCACAACUACUGACGUUGCAAAAACCUCUCCCCGAUGAACUUUUAUAUUUGUAUCUGGGAGUAAGUGAUGUUGCUGUUAGCGCUGUUCUUAUACGACAAGAUGGACUCCAGCAUUUCCCGAUAUAUUAUGUUAGUAAGGCUUUACAUGACGCUGAAUUGCGAUAUCCGUAUAUGGAGAAGUUAGCCUUUGCUUUGAUUAUCGCUGCACGAAAGUUGCGACCAUAUUUUUUGGAACAUUCUGUUGUU